UUCCAUGAGCCUUACCUGUGUGACCUCGGUGUGUUUCUCACCUGCCUACAGUCAACCUGGCGUCAUGACACCGUUCUCCCGUCACACCAGCCCUCCUCACACCUCAUACUAGUCCUCCAAAUCCAGCUCUUCCAUCCUAGUUUCGCACUUCGGCGAUUUCUGAGUUUCCGGCGGCCUCGCUUGAAGAGAUCCGGGUUUGAACCAAUUCUCCUGGUUGGUGUGUUUCCAUCCCUGAAGUGUGAAGAGUCUGUAGAACGUGGUGCAGCCAACAACAAUGCUGAACCUGCUGCAGGCACUAGCGGGGGACUCUCCGCAGUCCUCUCCCAGACUCAUUAAGCGAGCGUCGGUGCUGAGCGGGAUGGGAGAUCACGCCGAGGCUCACGACAAGCGGCCGGAACCCACAUGUGAGGGCAACCUGAGGAUUCUGCAGAAACUUGACUGUGGCCAUGAGAAUGUUCUGUGUGUGAAGUACAGCUAUGAUGGUUUAUUGGUGGCUGCUGGACUCGUACAUGGAGCCAUUAAGAUCUUUCAGGCCCAUGAUGGGUCAGUCCUUUACCACCUGACUGACCAGGAAGUCCUGGAUGCCCACCUGCCCUGCACCUGCCUGACCUUCCUCCCUACUGACCAAGGGCAGAAGUUUGAACACCUUCUCAUGGCUACAUAUGCGAACGGUGUGAUAAAGUUCUGGCACCCGUCCUCAGGGUUGUGUCUCCACACCAUCCAUGAGAACAGACAGACUCUGACGGCCAGUUUCUCCCCGCUGGGCGAUGUGUUUGUGACGGGCGGGGCCUCCCCACAGCUGCACAUGUACGAUGCAGCCUCAAAAAAGAUGGUCCGAACCUUUGAACCCAGUCCAGACAAGACAGUUAUGGAUGGCCAUGUGUUGAGAGUGUUCAGUGUUGUGUAUCACCCCAAUGCUGUUACCUACCCUGGUGUGUUCCUGAGUGGUGGAUGGGACGAUACAAUCCAGUUUUGGGAUACCCGGGUGAAACAUUCAGUUAGGAAGAUUUUUGGACCUCACAUCUGCGGAGAAGGGCUGGACAUCGACCCUGAGCAUAACCACGUGCUGACGGGGUCGUGGCGUAAGGACGGCGCCCUGCAGGUCUGGGACUUCAACUCCACCGAGAAGAUCAAAGACAUCCCGCCUGACUUCAACUCCUGUCUGGUGUACUGUUGUCAGUGGUUAGGCAGGUCCUGUAUCACAGCUGGUGGAAGUGACCAGAACAUGGCUCGGAUAGUGGACAGGGGAACACUGCAGACUACAGGUCGGCUGGUGGAUCUCCCAGGCGGAGUGUACUGUUCAGACAACAGUCGCCAUGGAAAUGUCCCCAAAGUGGCCAUCGGAGCGGCUAACAUGGUGUACAUACUGGAGAAGACAGGCAGCUAGACAUGGGUCAGGACUGGGGACGGGGAUCAGGGUGCACAGAACGUCAGCAGAGCGUACUGCAUCUGUGCAAGAACGUCUCAUAUAAGGCCACACCAAUUUAAUUUGUUGGUUCUCGGAUUUUUUCAGAAAUAUGAAGCGACAGGGCGAAAAAAAAA